AUGUCUUCCUCAACCAUCCAUCCUGUUGUCUCGGUUAAUAAUAUCAAGAACUUCAUCCCGCUGAUUCUUGAUAGUCAAACCGAACACUACAACACAUGGGCUGAAUUGUUCGUUCUUCACUGUAAAGCCUAUGAUGUCUUCGACCACUUGCAAGCUCGCGACACCGGUACCUCCUCCUCCACCGAAAAAGACAAAGACAAAGCCAAAGAAACCGCCCCCAAACAUACCUAUCUUGAGUCAUGGGAACGUAUAGAUUCCAUUGUUCUUCAGUGGAUAUACGGUACCAAAUCUCAGGAUCUCAUGCACACCAUCAUGAUUACCAACACCACCGCAUACGAUGCUUGGUGUCGACUUAAAAAUCUUUUUCUUGACAACCAAGCGGCUCGUACCAUCACCAUCCAAAACAAUUUUUUCAAUACACGCCUUGAACAAUUUUCCACUAUGGCCGAAUACUGUCAACACAUGAAGCUGCUUUAUGAUCAACUCAUAAGUCUCGGGUCCACCGUCUCCGAAAACCAACCGGUUCUUCAUAUUCUCACCGGCUUAACGGAUCAGUAUGAGAGCAUCUCUCUCAUCCUACAGUAA